AAUAAUUGUCAUAUCUGCUCCAGUUCCCAAUUUGUGUGUCGAGAGAGGAGAUAUAUCUAGGGUUUGUUCGAUUCUCCAGCGACGAUCCUAAGCGACGAUUUCACGGAGAAACGAGCUGCGGCUGAGGAGGAAUCGGACUCUGCUGUCUCGAAAAAGCCCAAGUUCGAAGAUGAAGAGGACGACGACACAAGCAUGGAAGAGGACAGCGAUACCGACAGCGGACGCGCAUGGUCUGUCGACACCGAAGACGAAGACGGAGUGGUGAGAUCUCCUAGGAUUAACUACCUAAACAUGCGAGACCCGGAACCGGAGUGGGAUAAGGACAGCUUCGACGGUUACGAAUACUUCAAUCCCGAGGACCGUAAAACUUUUUCUGACGAGGAAGAGUACAAAGAGUUCCGCGACUUUAAGAUCCAGGCCUGGAAGAAUGGGGGUUUUUUUGAAGAAGAUCCCUUCAGGUCCAUCUUCCCCCUCCCUGAUUUGGAACAGCCGUUUAGAAACAUGACCACGAGGGAAUAUUUGGCGGAUAUUGUGUCCUUAUGUGUUAACAAGCUCAACGAGGUGAAGGGUUCAACUGUGGAAUUCGCAAGUAUCGUGAGAGGCAAUCUAAAAGCAGGAGAUGGGUGGAAGCUGUACAUUACCUUUAUGGCUCGAGAGUAUCCGAGUGGGCCUCUCAAGGAGUAUCAAGCCAAGGCCAUGGAUUUUGCAGGAGGCCAAGAACCUCCCUUUCCUAUUCUGUGCAGACCAGCCCCUCCCUACCAUGUCCUAAUACAAAGACUUGCAUAAGAUUGGAUAUGUCGUUGCUGGAUUAGAGGAAGAUCAAGAUCAUCAUGUACUAGAAUGUCUUUCGCGUUAUUAAAACUUUGUCAUAAUAAUUAUGGAUUCUAGUAAUGGUUGUUCUAUUAUAUUUAAUGCUUAUUGUAUCUUUUGGAUAUUUAAAUGAGGAGGAUACCGUCACUCGUCCUCCAUCAAGCAGAGAUGAUUCCUGUGAGAUAAAAAUGGCUAUGGCAAAACUGAUGUUUAUGACUCGCAACUUG